UCCGGCCGCAGGUAGCGGCGGCGCUGGAGGCGGCGCGCGGGGCCAGAGCGGAGCGCCCGGGGCGGGGCCGACGGACGCGCGGACAGACGGAUCCCCCGGCCUCCCGCCCCGGACAGGAGCGACGGGCUGCGCCGGCCAUGUGGGGCCCCGCAGUCACGGCCGAGGGCCUGUCGGUGGCGGCGCCGCCGCUGCCGCCGCUGCUGCUCCUGCUGGCGCUGGCGGCGCCCUCGCGGGGCGGCGGGGGCUGCGCGGAGCUGGCGUGCGGCGAGCGGGAGCGCUGCUGCGACGCGGCCAACGCCACCGUGGUGCGCUGCUGCAAGCUGCCGCUGCACGCCUUCCUCGACAACGUGGGCUGGUUCGUCCGCAAGCUGUCCGGGCUGCUCAUCCUACUCGUGCUCUUCGCCAUCGGCUACUUCCUGCAGCGCAUCAUCUGCCCCAGUCCACGCAGGUACCCGCGCGGGCAGGCGCGGCCCGGGCCGCCGGGGGCCGCGGGGCCGCCCGACGACGACGACGACACCUCGCCCGCGCUACUGCGCGACGAGGCGGCCGCGGGCUCCCAGGACUCGCUGCUGGACAGUGGCGGCGGCGGCCGGGGCCGGGGCGGGCGCUCGGCCCCACCUUGCGCCUCGGAGCACGAGCUGCGCGUAGUCUCGCCGGUCUUCCUGCAGCUGCCCAGCUACGAGGAAGUCAAGUACCUGCCAACCUACGAGGAGUCCAUGCGACUGCAGCACCUCAGCCCCGGGGAGGUCGUGCUGCCCGUGUCGGUGCUCGGCCACCCGCGAGGCGGCGGCUCCGGGGAGUCCGACGGCAGCGAGGGCCUCUUCCCGCUCAUAUGAGCGCCCGCGGCCGCUCGAGGACCGCGCGGACGGGACGGGGCUGGGGGCUGCGUGUGGGACGCCACGGUCGGGGCGGCGGCGGCAGCCACCAACUGCCUCAGGCCCCGCUUGGCAACCGGGCCUACUCGCCCUGC